CCGGGGCGUUUUCUGUUUUUAACUUUUAUUUAAUGUUUUUAGCCAAACGCGUAGGUUUCCUUUCUGGCGAAGUUGAUAUUUUAAUCGAAAGUGUUACUCCGGAGUAUGAAACCGAAUUGACUUUAUUUCUCUCGAAACAAGUUUUACUCACCAACGAAGUACCAAAGAAUGUUCUCGAUGGCAAUACAAACCUUGCACUGCUUACGCAGAGCUUGCAGAAGUCAUCCAGCACGGCUCAAUCUGAAAAGGCUACUCAAGGUUUGCUCGCUGCUAAGAAGGAAUUAAAAAGACUGAGAAAAUUUGUAUGCUCACAAUGCGGUUACGUUACCAGACUGAGAAGCGGGUACCUCGAUCAUGUGAAGCAAUGUGAUUUAUCACAAAAUUUCCAAUGUGAACAUUGUGAUUUUAGAGCCAAGUCCAAAUCCGGUUUGUUUAUUCACAUAAACGGAUGCCAUAGUUUGUGCCAAUAUAAAUGUGACCUGUGUGAUUUUACAACAAAGUGGAAAACUAGUCUACAACCUCAUUUCUGCAAGUUGCACGCUUCGGAAAAACCAUCAUUUACUACUGAACGACGUGGUGGAACAGUACAAUUGGACACCCAGAGCUUAGGAAAAUUUGUCUGUUCGCCGUGUGGCUAUGCUACCAAUUUGAAGCGCUCGUAUUUCGACCACAUAAAACAUUGCGAUUUAUUGAAAAUAUUCCAAUGCAAAUUUUGCAAGUACAAAUGCAGAUCAAAACCUAGCCUGAUGGUUCACAUAAACGGUCGUCACAAAUUGUGUCAGUUUAGUUGUAAAGUAUGUGAUUUUACAACAAGCUGGAAGAAUAGUUUAAGAGAACAUUUCAUUAGAAAACAUGGUACACAUAAGUAUGUGUAUGAUAUAGUAAAAGGGGCACAAUUAUCAAGUGGAAGACUCAAUUUGAAAAGAUCUGCGAUAAAACCCAACAACCAUCGUCCAUUUCAGUGUGCACAGUGCAAUUAUAGCACCAAGUCAAAGUAUUACUUACGUACCCACAUGCACACUUCGCACGGUGCACAUCAAUAUGAAUGUGACCUGUGUCCUUUUACAACAAAAUGGAAAAGUAGCAUUCGACUGCACAUUAACAGCAGCCAUGGUGCUAAUGCAGUGCCGAGGGUUACUAGUCGUAUUAGAUUAGCAAACAAGGACCGCAAUGAACAGUUUUAUUGUGCACAUUGCAAUUAUAAAACAGUGUUAAAGACAUCCUUAUCAAUUCACGUACAUGGCCGUCAUGGUUUGAAUCACUACAGAUGUGAGCAAUGUAACUUUACCACAAAAUGGAAAAGUAGUCUUAAGUCGCAUUUAAGUAAAGUGCACGGUAUAACAAAAAGAGACGAUACUCAGUUAAUAAAAUGUGAACUUUGUGACUUUAAAUCUGGAUCAACGGCUGCUCUUUUGAAGCAUAUAAGUAGAUACCAUCAUUUGAGGAAGUAUGCCUGUAAACAGUGUAAGUUUACAACAAACUGGAAGAGCAGUUUAAAUGAGCAUGCAAGGAGAAGGCAUGGCACCCUGAAGCCCUCAUUUACCUACAAAGUAACAGAGGAAAAUAUUGAUACAGUCGUGAGCAAGAAACAAACGGAAUUUCAAUGUGCACAUUGCGAAUAUAAAAGUAAACAUAGAGGCUGUCUAGUAACUCAUUUGAAUGGUCGUCACAGUCUACGUCGACAUAAAUGUGAGCUGUGCACUUUUGAGACAAGGUGGGAAAACAGCUUAAAAGAGCAUACACGUAGAGUGCACAGCGAAAAAAAGGCGCGCGUACGUCCUAAAGCUAAUUUAGUGAGACAUUUCAACAGCAAACAUUAGAAGACUGUUUUCGUAAAGGGGGCCCUUUUUGUCACAACAUGGAUGCGUACUUUUGUGGCACAUAAACAAAAAUAUUGAAGAAAACAAAAUGCAAUUUGACUUUGGUAUUGAAAGGGAGACUCUUCUCUUAUUGAGAUGUGCAAUAUUUACGUUAUACUUUAUAGUUUA